GUCAACCAGAUGGAGGCCAGGCCACGUGACACCACCACCUCCCCCGUCACAAAUCCGUGCCGAGGUGGGGAGGGCGGCAGGCGGCAGCGGCGGCGGCGCCGGUCCCCGCGACGGGACGAGACAACGCGCGUGCGGCGAUGGAGCGGCGGGGGCAGCAACCUGAAGACGCGGAGCCGCCGGGCAAGGACGGCGCAGGCGGCCCGCUGGCUCCGCCGCCGCCGUUCCUGGAGGUGACGUGCCGGAGCUCCGGCAAGGUCCGGCGGUUCUCGGCGGGGACGACGGCGCGGUACGCGCUGCACGCCAUCAACCGCAAGCUCGAGCCCGGAUCCCCGCCGGCGCUGCACGUCGAGGCCGUCAGGGACGGCGAGGAGCCCGUCAGCUUCGGCCCCAGCGCGGCCCUCGCCGACUACGGCCGCGGCUGGCGGCUGCAGACCGUCACGGCGCAGGACGCGCCCGGGACCCAUCACGCGCCGCGCGGCGCUGACACGAAACGGGGCGCGACGCAGGCCGCCGUGGAUUCCGUCGCUAGGGAGACGACGGGGAGCACUGCAGCCUACGUCGCCAAGAUCGUGCUCGCUUUCGUGUUCAUCUUCUUGCUCGGCGGAUUGUUCACGUAUUUGCUCGAGGUGGUGCCUGACAUGCUCCAGACUUCACCGGCGCCUGAAUCUCUGUAGAACCCGCUGACUGAUUCUCCGUGUACCGUUCCCCACCCCCACCCCCCUUUCUGAUAAGAUCGUGUGCAGUCGUGUCGAUGGCAACUUAUUUCAUUGGAGUUCUUAAUUAAUCUCAGAUUGAACUUCUCCUUCUUCUAGAAUAAACCUGUCGAGUGGCACAUACACCUGAUCAAGCAACCCAUGGGUGCCAACGGGUACUCUAAAUUUUAUCUAGGAAAAUCAAAGGCCGGGGUGUACUCUGCGUCGGUCAUCCUCUCCGAAUGCCGGCUUCAAGUUUGGUUCCUCGACGAGUCGUGCUACCGCCAGCAGGCGUGGGUGCUGAGGUGUGACAAGAACCUGAGGCCCCUCCUGCAAUCAUGGAGGAGCUACCAGGAACGCGGCGGCGACGGGCCAUGGCGCCUCCUGUACCUCGACCAAGAGGACCACGGCGCGCGCUACUACGAUGGCGACGGCGACCAAGGGCAGUUGGAGUGAAGCUCUGACGUCGAGGACGGGGCUGCUGGCGGCUGCAAUGGAGAUGAUGGCACAUUAAUUAGCGCUACCAUAUACACUGAGUUCCUUGGAUUCCAUCCUUUCAAGGAGGUUGUCUUCCUGCACCUUUCAUUCCGAAGGGGGAUCGCCUAUCAUUUAGAUAGCUCGACGAUUCAAGACAUGGGCACCUUACAAAUAGCCCGACGCGACGCCACUCAUCGUAUACUACUGCCUUUUCCCUACACACCAUGUUGGAUGGGAAUGUUUCCUGAGAACAAUUGAUUUAGAAAUAUCAAGUGCAUCGAUCUGGCCGUCUGGGUAGAUGACAAGUUUGUCCU